UGAGAGGACUCGUUACUCCCGAGUCCUUGUAAGGAUUCGUUCAAACGAACGAAUCGUUCACGACCGACACAUCACUAGUCUGAGAGGCAGCGGACAGAGGCAGUGAUGAUGGAGAGCAGAGCUGAGGGGGGAGAUGAUCCGGUCACCGUGAUGUCCCGUCAGUGAAUCUGAGUCUGCUGGAUGAUGGAGCUGGGGAAUUGUUGGCAGCGUGUGAUCAGGCUGCUCCUCCUGCUCGGCUUCAUGUGUCUGCACAGCUCGGCCAUCGAGACCGUAAAUGUGGUGGACUUCUGUGGCCAGAUGAUCCGAGGUGACGGCAUGAUCGUGAACUCGCAUCAGGAAUCCAAGAAGUACUACUUUGUAACCAUGGGGACUGACUGCCACCUCACCAUGCAGGCUAUCUCUCCUAAAGACAAAGUCCAGUUCCACUUCCGUUUCUUCCUGGUCUACAGUUUACUGCGAGUGGCCCCUAUGAGCCCAUCCCCUCUCUUCCCAGAGUCCCCUCGUGACCCUAUAGCCCUCAACCCGAGACUGGAGCCCACCUCUGGUGAAAACCUGGGGGAUCCGUGUCACGCUGGCUCAUACAUUCAGUUUUAUGAUGGGAGGGACAGGAGUUCACCUCCCCUAGGGCCACCUCUUUGUGGGAAGAGCCCACCCAGGCCAGUGCUGUCAACAGGAAACUACUUGACCCUAAGGCUGGUGACCCGGGGAACUCAGCCCAGAGUCGAUUUUGUGGGAGACUUCACCUCCUUCAGACUUGGUUUCAACCAAUCAGAGUGCAGCAGUGACCCCUACUUCACCUGCAGGAAUGGCAAGUGUAUCCCUCUCAGCCUGGUGUGUGAUGAUAAAGGCAUUGACAACUGUGGGGAUGGAAGUGACCUGGAGGAAAACUUAACCACAGGCUGCAGAGCAGGUCAGUUACUACCUCCUGAACCUCCACCACCUAUAGCCACACCACCCCCAUCUUUUGGGAAUCCACCCACAGUGCCACGUCCCACACAUAUGAACUGUGGCAUGCCAGACAGCGCUCCCAGCCAUGAGUCAGUAAAAGACUCUCCUUCCUCCCUGUCUCUGUUGAUCCUCUACAUCAUCCUGGCUGUGGUAGCAGGUGGCUUGGUGCUGUGCUGGUGCUGCUGGUCACCUGGCUGGUUCCUGUGGCGUGUCAGCAUCUGUCGCUUCUUACCCUGCUGCAACUUGGCCUGCGCCUCUUGCCAGAUGUGUGCCCGCAGCUGCAUCCACAGCAAGGAGCACCGACUGGCAAAAGUCACCCCACACACACCUGUCAAUGGGAUCCCGACUGGCACAGCAGCCACUGGCAACAAUGCUGAGGAAAAUUUUACCACAGCUGAUGUUUAGAGCAGAAGGACUGACAUUGAAUGUCUGAUCAGUGGUGAACAUGAACAGUUUGACAUGACCAAGAAUCCUUUUAGUGCAGAAUGGACUCAUAUGGUCCAGUGUAUCACACUGGAAAGAGCAGAGCUAAAGGGUAUUGUUUAACCUGUGGUUUGUGUGCUUUAAAUGAGAUGAUGCAGGUGAUGAGACUUUUUUUGUUUAUUUUGUUUUACGAAGGUAGAGCAGGGUACAGUGUGACUAUGGAUUGUAUGAAUGUAUGGAUGUAUCUUACAAGAAAGGAUUAAGAGUUCUUAGAAUCACUUGAGAAACAUUUGUGUUCACAGCAGGCUUUACUUGUGUUGAACUGUUUCUCUUACAUAUUAUAGUGGAAGCACCAUCAGUUUAAAUGGACAGUUCACCGAAACAUUUUUAAUUCACUCACUAUCUACUCACCACUAUGCCGAUAGAGGGGUGGGUGAAGUGUUUGACUCCACAAAACACCUCGGGAGUCUCAGGGGUAAACAGUGCUGCAGCCAAAUCCAAUUCUUCAGUCAUAAUAAAAAUAACAGAAAUAACAUAAAAUGCCUCCAUACUGCUCGUUUGCUGUCAUUCAAGUAUCUGAAAGCCCAGCCAUUCAUAUCCGGCUCGAAUCAGCGGCAUUUGCACCACGUUUUUAGCCUAAAUAUCCGCUGAUAGCCUCCUCAGACACCCGUUCACGUACGAACAAGCACACAGGAACAUCGCAAACACUCUUGCCCAAGUGGUGGACUUGUUUUCUGGAUUCCUCCACCCCUCUAUCAACAUAGUGGUUAGUAGAUAAUGAGUGAAUUUUUCACUUUUUGGUAAACUAAUCCUUUUAGAGACGGUUAAUGAAGCUUGAGAAGUUCAGCCAGUUAAGCGUCUCCAGAACACACAAUGGCGUGUAUUAGGUUAUCAGUGUGGAUAGUUUUACAUAUAUUUUUAUAGAUUUUGGUUUUGUUUCUUCUAAAUGUGUUUUUAUGUUCUGUCUUAGAAGUAACAAUUUAGGUAGACAGUGAAACUACAGCUCCAGUGUACAACUUUGACCAAAGGUCUGCCAUGGACACAUGUUGAGGACACAGCCACAGAACAAAGUCAACUAACCACCUGGUGAUAGCAGCUGUUCUCCGAUGGAGAAAUUCCUUCAACCACUUAACUCUCCUCCCAGCUGCCCGCUGUUGUUCGUAAUAAUGUACGAGCCAAUGGGAUGUCUGGACACUGGAGCACAAAGUCAUCCAGUAUCUAGCGGUCAACAUGCUGAAGAGAUGUACGUUGUGGUAAAAAAGUAUUAUCUCCUGAAAAGUGUGUGUUCAUAACAUACAACAAAUUCAAAAGAAACAUGCAAAACGACCUGCUUAAAUACAAUUGAAUUAGAUCUUAUCUUUUUAGUGCCAAUCACAACAUACGUUAUUUGAAGGCACUUCACAUAAUAAGAUAGAGACCUCACAAUAUUAUAGAAAACCGAACAGUUCAGUUUAUGAGGCAGUACAGAUUGCAGCCCAGUGUGAUAAGAUGAUAUAUUAACUUGAGGUUGUGAAGCUCACCAGGACACAGCACAUUACACUCCUGAUCUAUACCCUUCACUCGUCGUUGAAGGCUCUCGAUCAGAUGUUGGGACCUGGCUGCAUGGCUUUGCUCUUAUUCAGACAAAAGAGCAUUAGUCAGGACAAACACGAAUGUUGAGCGAUAAAGCCUGACUCAGUCAGCGCCCCAGUUCAUCCGGACAGUCAGAUUCCGCUAAGCCAAAAUGGGAAAACCAUUAUGGUGUUGCCUUUGUGAAUAGGGGACAUUGAGACAUUGAUACAUACAUAAACCACCAAUUUGGAGAUACUUUUGUUUGAUUUACUCUGAUUAAGGCUACAUAUAGUGGUGUAUACAUACUCUUAUUGUAUUUACUUGUUAUUGUUUAUUAUAAAACUGAAAACAAAUAGAAAUCAAGAUGAAAACACACCAUACUAUAAUAUGGGUAAUUUAUGUAUUGUCCCGAAGUCAAUCAAAAUCUAAAUAUCUGGUUGACGUCUUUCUUAUAGAUUCUUCUGUUGUCUUCCUGACCUCAUGUACAGUAAAUACUAAGUAAAGUAGAGUAGUCACUGUACCCAGAUUAAUAGUCCAUGGGAGGGGUGACUAGUUGAUGUGUUCACCAGGCAAAAUGUCUUUAUGGCAUCCUUGGAGUAGCUCCAUAACCUUUCCUUUCCACUGCCACACUGUGUGUUGUGUAACCACCUGCAUUACUGUCUUUUAAGUAGUGCAUGUUUAAGACACAGGGCCACAUACGCUUAAACAAACCUUGUGUUUCCAGGUUGCUCCCCACUGAAAGCAUGCAGACUUCAUGCAGAUUUCAUGAUCUAUCUCGCUCUGCUCAGACUGUACAAGAAUGCAGCUGCCUCCUAACACCCAUCAGACAACAUACACACAGUAAAAUACACAUACCUUGAACUCUCACACACUCAGACAUCCAUGUGCGUCACUGUGGCGAAGGUCAACGCUCCAGCUGGAUGUCCCAUCCAACUAAACUUUUCUCGCAUUUUACUUUAAACUUAAAUUUUUUUAUGGUUUCUACUGUUACGGGCUGAAUUUAACAUUUUGUGUAAAUGUCAACAUCUGUAAAUGUCAAACAGUGUUUUAUUGACAGAAAUAUCCCACAGGCUGUAAUACAACAAUAAUUAAA